AUGCCUGGUACAUCAGAAAGUCGAUAUAUCAGACUGGAAGGCGAGUCCCUCCGAAUCACCUUCGUCCCCUCCUGGCGCAUUCCUGCUGGCAUCCACAUAUCCAUCAAUGUCGACUCCCGGAGACGCUGGAAAUCAGCCAUCAGUGUCUUAUCAUCUGAUAAAUCUGCAGCAUUGGGGAAUACUGUCAUUCUAUCAUCACACUCCUUACCUGCGUUGUCAGUGGAGAUCAGGGCGUCCUAUGAGCUUGGUCGAAUGCUAGGCGGCGGUGAGGUCGUUGCAGGACUUCAAAUGUCAUGGGAUGAGCUACUGGAUCAUGGAAAUGAGCCAUUUGAUUUAUCCUUCCCACCCAUGCGAGGCGUCCACCCUUCCCUUAAGCUGAAGGCUGCCAUUGUGCAUGCUUGCGAUGAUCAGGACGACGCACUGAUUGAUUCCCUCGCAGACUGUGAGAUUGCUCGACACACAGAUGCGGGCCACGCACAAUUUGCCGCAUACGUGACGAGCAAGACAGUCUCUCACCUGAACGAUGCUGUAAAGCAUUUUGAGUUAGUUCUAGGACCAGUGUCCGGCUACAUCCGAAAUGAUUUUGAAGACAUCGAUGCCACUACUUCCCUCUUCCAUGAUGCCCUUGCAUUGCGUCCGCAGCCCCAUCCCGAUCAUCCCUUAUCUCUAUACGAUCUCAUUCAAGCGCUGAUUUGGCGCCACUCCAAGAAAGGUACUGUUGCCGACAUCCGGGAAGCCGCCCAACUGUAUCAUGAACUACUGCCUCUCUGUCCAGAGGGCACCUACCUUCAUAGCAUCGCGGCAGGGAAGAAUGGUGUUGAUUAUGUGAUUAGCAGAUGCAACAAACUUCCAAUAGACGCAUCUGAUGAAGGCAUCCACUUUCGAAGAGUCGUCCUCGGGCUCUGUCCUCUGGGCCAUCAACUCCGUCGGAGAGCCCUCGACAAGCUUGCGCUAGCAGUUAAAGCAUGCUUUGGUCAGCACGGCAGCAUCGAUGAUCUUGACACGAGCAUACAACUUCGUCGUGAAGCUGUGUCUCUGUGCCCCGAGGGACAUGCUGGCCGUGAUACCUACUUGAACAAUUUGGCCGUCUCACUCGCGUCGCGCUUCAAUCAUCAAGGCAAACCUAAUGACCUCGAUGAGGCCAUCUCUUUCCACGAAGAAGCAUUGCGCCUGCGCCCUGUUGGGCACGAAUCUCGUGAUUUCUCAUUGAACAACCUAGGGGGCGUUCUCGUCCAACGUUUCAACAAAUGCGGCGACAUUGAUGACAUCACCCGAGCUAUCAGCUUCCGUCGCGAGGCACUGACGUUGUGCCCACCUGGGCAUCCACAUCUUGACACCACGCUUAACAACCUUGCCCUCGCGCUCAACACCAGAUACGACAACACGCAUGUUAAUGAGGAUCUUAACGAGGCGAUUGAUUUGUAUCGCGAAUCCCUUCGGUUAGUGCGGCUUGACCAUCCAGAGCGCCACAAAACUCUUCUCAAUUUGAGCUCAGUGCUCUGCUCUCGUUUCACGCAAACUCAGAAUAAUGAAGAUGUCGAGGAGGCCAUUGUUCUUUGCCAACAAUCAUUGGAGGCUUUGCAUUCACUGCACCCAGACAGACACCACUCAUAUUUAAGGCUACGCGAAGCCUAUAUGUCUCGUUACUGCGUGCAGUACAAGCCUGCCGAUCUAGCACUUGCAGUGGACAACUUCAGACUCGCAUCACGACACCCCACUCGUGGCUUUCCACACCGCAUCAUUUUGGCAUAUAAGUGGGCCGUUGCAGCAGAGCAGCAUGGUGAUGGAUCCGCACUGGAGGCCUACUCGACAUUUUUAGAGCUUCUGGAUGCUCAUUUGUCAACACGAUCGUCGGCAACUUCACGGCGCGAAGCUGCCGCUGCCUUCCAUUAUGCCAGAUCACUGCCUGUAGAUGCAGCCUCAUGUGCUAUACGUCGUGAUAAUCUACCACGGGCAGUUGAACUUGUGGAGCAGGGCCGUGGCCAGCAGUGGUCGCUGGCAUCUCGACUCAGGACUCCAGUUGAAGACCUCGAGUCAGCAAAACCGACACUGGCGCGCAAUUAUUUGGAGCUGAGCAAGCGCGUUUCCAAUGCAGCUCAGAGUUCUGCGACCAUCACCGACAGAGCUGCUGCUGAUCAGGAAGCAACAGAGUAUAGGAGACUUACAAGACAAUGGGAAGCCACGGUAGCUGAGAUACGUGAUGUUCCGGCGUUCUCGCGGUUCCUGCUCCCACUUUUGUAUGAAGACCUCCAAGCGGCAGCGCGCCAGGGCCCGGUCAUCAUCCUCAUUGCCAGCCAAUACUCAUGCAGCGCCAUCAUCGUCCCCACAUCAGGAGACCCCCAUCACGCUCCUUUGCCGUCUGUCACCCUUGCAGAUCUGACCAAUCUCAAGGAUAGCUUCGCCAGGGCAAUACGAGAAGCAUCUCGGAUGAACCCAGGGGAGUCGAGGACGGAUCUCAUAGUGCUCUCGCGGAUAAUAUGGGACCAGAUCAUGCUACCCAUCGUCAACGUACUCGAGCACGUCCUCAAACUAAAGCGUCGCUCUCGAAUCUGGUUGUGUCCCACUGCAGCUUUCACGUCUAUUCCUCUCCAUGCAGCUCAUCCGUUUCAAACAAAGGCGGAUCGUUCUGGGAAGGAGCCAUGCCUGGAGGAUCUCUACAUUUGCUCUUACACGCCGACACUUUCUGCUCUGAUUAGAUCUAGACAGUUCAUGAAGAAGCGCGCGCCUCCGUCCUUCGUGGCGAUCGGACAGGGUCAACCGGGUGCAGGGAAGGGCAAGGCGCUCUUGGCAGUCGAAAGCGAGCUCGAGCUCGUCCAUAAGCUCGUCCCCGCGACGGCCAACCGCACCACUAUUUCUGGCGACGCAGCCACACGAGCAGGUGCACUCGAAGCCUUGCAGCAGAACACCUGGGUGCACCUUGCUUGUCAUGGGAAGCAGGACCCUAAGCAGCCUUACGAUUCCCAUUUUGUCAUGAGAGACGAACAUUUGACGCUUCUCGAUAUCAUGGAGAGACAUCUUCCGCAGGCCGAGUUCGCGUUCUUAUCGGCUUGUCACACUGCUGUGGGCGAUGAGGAGACGCCCGACGAAGUGAUCCACCUAGCAGCUGGUAUUCAGUUUUCGGGGUUCAAGAGCGUCGUUGGCACGUUGUGGGAGGUCGACGACUCUGUCGCAAAACACGUCGUCGAGGCUUUCUACAAGUAUAUGUUCGGAGAUUUGAAGGAUGGUGGUGUCAUGGACUGUACGAAGGCGGCCUGGGCGCUCAACUGUGCUACGCACUCGGUGAAAACGAAAGUGCCGCUCGAGCAGAGGAUGGUUUUUGUUCAUAUUGGUGUGUAA